AUGGGUUUGAAUGUAAGGGACAUUCAAUUUCGUUUGUCAAAAGUGCUUCAUGUUUCAACUGAGAUUAGUUACAGUUUUAUGAGAAAGCAUCCAUUUGUUUCGGGUGCUUCGUUGGUAUUUUUCAUAUUGUAUAUAUUUCUCUCUUAUAUCUACAAUUUGUUGGUCUUCUUGUCCCCAUUUUUUGUGUGCAUUGCCAUUUUUAUAAGAAUAUUUUGGAGUUCUGAGCAAAACCAACAUGAAGAGAAAGAGAAAAAAGGAAAGGAGAAAAGGGUUGAAAUAAAAUCUCCCCCAAAGGUGCUCAAGAAUGAGAGACGUGGAUUGCUUUAUAAGUGUCCAUCACAUAAUGCAACGAGUAGAAGAAGAAAUUUCACUGGGAAAAAAUUGGAGGUAUACGGUGGUUUGGAAAUGAAAGCCAAAGAUUUAUCAUCAGUGUUUCAUAAUGAAUUUACCACAAGUAACAGAGAUUUUGGAAGGAUUAAACUUUAUAAGGAAGAUAUAAGUAUUCAUUCACUUGAGGCUCCAACAAAGCAAACAUUAUUGUUUGAGCCUUUUAAGCUAGAUUUGAUGAGUCAAGGUGAUGGAUUAGAGAAAAAGACAGAAAACAAAGUGGAUCUAAAACAAACUAAAGAGGAUGGUGAUAAAAGUGUAGAAUUGAAAGAAGAUGAUCUGAAAAAUGAAAUGGAUCUUGGGCCAUGUGAGUUGGAGAGACACAAAAGGUUACAGAGUCUUAUAGCUAGGAGGAAGGCAAGAAAACAAAUGAAGUCGCAAAUUGCAAAUGGUCUAGCUGACAUGAAAUCAGUAACCCCAAGUCAAAUUGCUCCUCUAUUUGUUACAAGACUCAAACCUUUUGAUUCUCAAAAAGAGUUUGAUGACAUAGAAAUGCCUGGUUCUGCUCCAUCUGCUUUGAGAAGCCCAUUUGAUAUUCCAUAUGAUCCUUUUGAGGAGAAACCCAAUCUCACUGGAGAUAGUUUUGAUCUAGAAUUAAAGGAUUUAUUAAUACAAACUGGACAAGAAGACCUUGAAGUCAAAGGUCACACGAUGACACUCCCAAGAGACAAAAGACUCCAAGGUAGAGGAAGUAAUAAUUUACUUGAACAAUUAUUAUUGAAAGAAGCUAAUGCAUGUAAGUCAAAAGUUUAUAUUCUUUCAAAGGAAGGAAAGGAAACAACCCUUGAAAACGAUAAAAAAUGUGAAAUUGAUAAAAUGGUUGAGGAGGUGGACAAUGCUCAAGCAACAAAGACCAUGUCAGACCAUGAAAUUGAGUCAGACUUAAUUCCAAGGAUAGAUGUUGAUAUUGAUGAAGUUUCAGAGAAGCUAAAAGAAUCAAUAAUUCCAAAGUCUCAAGUGAUGGAUCAAAAUUUACCAAUAUCAAGUGCUAGUGCUACUAAAAUAAAUGAUUCUUUAUAUGAAUCUCUUUCACCACCUGUUGGUAAGAACCAAGAAACUAAGUUCACUAGUCAUCCAAUUCGUCACACCCCUUCAUGUUCCUUGGCUUCUGAUUUACAAGUUGAGGUUUCUGAACUUGGUUCACCUACAUUGACAGUUGAUGAGAACCAUGAGGCAACUGCAACCACUGAUGGAGAAUCCGUUAUAUAUGAUGGGGAUAUUGAUAAAGAUGUUACUUCUGGUAGUGAAGAUAUGUGGGGAGCCUCAAUUCAUUCAAGAGAUGUACGUAGAAUAAGUGAGCAAGAUAUCUCAGAAGUACACAGUUGGAGGGACAUUUCUUCACCCCUUUCUCUGCAAAACAUAGAUGAAGAAAAUGCAGCUGAUGUGAGCUCAAUGUCUUCAAGAUCUGACAUGCCUGAUGAUACUCCAACUUAUGGAAUGAGUAGUGACCAUAAUAACAUCUUUGGUAAUGUGAAAGAUUUUGUGAUAGGACCUUCUCAUUCUUCAGUUGUGACAGCACGUUGGAAGCGAUUGAUGCGAUUGAUGGAUAAUCGUGCUAACCAUUCACCACAUGAAAUGCAUUCAAAACAACCAAGGAAAUUGUUCAACGUCUCACAGAAUUUAAGUAAGGAACAAAUUAUCAAUGAUGGGAACAACUUAACCACCUCUGAGCAAGAUAACACACACAACUCAAGAGGUAAUGAAGAACCUAGUGCAUUUGAUUUAGAUAUGCAACAAAAAGUAAAUGAUGAAGUCUCAAUCAAUUCAAGUUCAACAUCUUCACCAAGGUCCGUAUUGUUAAUAACACAAAAAAAUAUAGCUGACCAAGUUCCAUCAUCAACUUACAAUCAAGAGACACACGUUGAUGUUCAACAAUCUAAUAUACGGGAUGUGACACAAGAAAUAUUAAAUGGUGAAGGUUCAAUUGACUCUACUCCUCAAAAUAUUCAACCCACCAUGAAAGAUGCAAAUGUUGAAUCACAUAACAUUGACUUGGGACAUCCUCAGGAGGAGAGUUAUCAACUGAAGAACUCCAUUCAAGAAUCAAAUAUAUGUAGUGAGAUGAAAGAUGCAAAAGUUUGUAACCUAGAAGAUGAAAAUCAGUUAAAGAAUAAUGAGGACACAAGAGGCAAACUUACUCCCUUGAUUAUAGUAGAUGCUUUGGCAGAAGUCCAUAGGCAAGCAAAUAUGAUGAUGUCUUCCAAGGAUAUAAGUGAGGAAUCAAGAGAAAUAUUUGAUCACAAAGUGCCAUUGAUUUCUCUAAUAUUAGAAUCAUCCUUAAAAAGUCCGGGAGAGGAUGAAGAAAAUCCCCUUGCACGUAUGAGAGAAGAGUCUAUCACAAAAUCAUGUAUCAGUGUUGAAACAAUAACCACGAGUUCUGAUGAAGAUUAUGAAAGAAAACAUAGUACCUCUGAAGAUCAUACGAAGAAUGGCAACUUGGGUAAAGGUGGUACCUUUAAAAACUAUCCAUCACCAAGUACAAUUGAAGUAACCAAUUUUCAAGAUAUGGAAGGAGAAUGUGAUAAGAUGAAUAAGAACGAAGUCAUUGACAAAGAGUUGAAUAAGAAUGAUAUUGUUGUUAUAUCUAAAUCUACAAGAGUAAACAAUUCAGAAGAAAACAUAUCACACAUGAAAGAUCUUGAAGAAACAAAUUAUGAAGAUAGAGAAGGAGAACAUGACAGGAAGAACAAGAAUGAAGCCACUGAUCAAGAAUUGAACAUGAAGAAAACCAUGGUUGUAUCUAAUCCUACAUCAAAUAGUGACCAAAUAAGAACCAUAGAAGAUCUUAGAGUAACUAAUUUUGAAGAGACAGAAGGAGAACAAGACAAGACAACCAAGAAUGAAGCCACUGACCUAGAAUUGGACAAGAAUGAAACCAUAACUAUGUUUGAAAAAGCAAGAGAAAGUGAACAAGCAAUAAACAUAUCACACAUGAACGAUCUUGAAGUAACCAAUUUUGAAGACCCAAAAGGAGAACAUGACAAGAUUAACAAGAAUGAGACCCCUAAUAAGGAAUUGAACAAGAACGAAACCAUGAUUAUACUUGAAUCUACAAUAGAAAGUGACCAGACAAAAACCAUAGCAAACAUGAAGGAUUUUGAGGUAACAAAUUAUGAAGACCCAGAUGGAGAACAUGACAAAAUUAACAAUAAUGGAGUCACUUACGAUGAAUUGAACAAUAAGGAAAUUGUGGUUAUACUUGAACCUACAAAAGGAAGUGACCAGAAAAAAAACAUAACAAACAUGAAGGAUCUUGGAGUAACAAAUUCUGAAAUCAUAGAGGGAGAAGGUGACAAGAUCAACAUGAAUGAAGCCACUUAUCAGGAAGUGAACAAUAAUGAAAUCAUGAUUAUAUCUGAACCUACAAUAGAAAUUCAUAAGAAAAAAAAUGUGACAAACAUAAAGGAUCUUGAAAGAUCAAAUUAUGAAGACACCGAGGGAGAAUAUGACAAAAUUAACAAUAAUGGAGUCACUUGCGAUGAAUUAAACAAUAAUGAAACUGUGGUUAUACAUGAACCUACAGAAGAAAGUGAUCAGAAAAAACACAUAACAAAUAUGGAAAAUCUUGAAGUAACAAAUUUUGAAAACAUAGUGGGAGGAGGUGACAAGAUGAACAAGAAUGAAGUCACUUAUCAAGAAGUGAACAACAAUGAAACUAUGAUUACAUUUGAACCUAUAAUAGAAAGUCAUGAGAAAAAAAAUGUAACAAACAUGAAAGAUCUUGAAAGAACAAGUUAUGAAGACAUUGAGGGAAAACAUGACAAGAUGAACAAGAAUGAAGGAACUUAUCAGGAAUUGAACAAUAAUCAAACCACAAAUAUGUUUGAACCUACGAUAGAAAGUCACCAGGAAAAAAACAUGACCAACAUGAAGGAUCUUGAAGUAACCAAUUAUGAUGACACAAAGGGAGAAUGCGACAAAAUGAACAAGAAUGAAGUCCCUGAUCAUGAAUUGAACAAGAAUGAAACCAUGGUUAUGUUUGAACCUAUGGGAGACAGUGACAAGGUAAGAAACAUAGCACAAAUGGAAGAUUUUGAAGUAUCUAAUGUUAAAGAUACUAAAGGAGAACAUGAUAAGAUAAGGAAGAAUGAAGCCACUAACCAAGAAUUAGACCAAAAAGAAGUCAUUAACCAAGAAUUACACAAGAAUGAAGCCAUGGACCAAGAAUCAAAUAAGAAUGAAAUCAUUGACCAAGAAUCAAACAAGAAUGAAGUCACUGACCAAGAAUUAGACAAGAAUGGAAUCAUAGUUAUGACUGAAACUACAGAAGAAAAUGAUCAAGUAAGAAACAUAGAACACAUGGAAGAUGUUGAAGUAACCAAUUAUGAAAACACAAAAGGAGAAUGUGAUAAGAUGAAGAAGAAUGAAAUUAUUGAUCAGGAGUUAAACAAUAAUGAAACCAUGGUUAUAUUUGAUCCUGUAGAAGAAAGUGAUAAGAUCAUGAAGAAAGAACUCCAACAUGAGUAUAUUGGUACACCAAAUCAUGAUAAUUCAAAUGAUAGUUCAAAAGAAGUAGGAUGGUUAAAGCGGGCAACCAAAUAUUAUGAUGAUGAUAUUAAGGACUUGCCAACCAAGGUCCUUGAAUCAAUAAUUACUAGCAAAUAA